AUUUUGACCUAUGGAAUUAUAGCUGUGUAUUUAUGAAGAGUGUAAUUAUUAAUUAGUUAUUUUCCUGUGUGUCUACAGUGCAAACAUGAAGAUAUUCUACUGUCUAGCUUUGCUUGCCUUUGGUCAAGCCGAAAUAAUAACUGGACGAAAAUGUACCGGAGAGAAUUAUAAAUUUGAGAAAGAAGUUCUGGUGACUGGAUACGACAGCCCUUAUCAACUGGCCAUUGAUCCUGCAACAAACACUUUAUUCUUCAGUUAUUCUAUACAAACACUCGGUGAAGGAUUUAAAUCCGUUUAUUUAGAUCUCAAAACUAAACAUCACGAAGAGAUUCCUGUUAAUGGUGGUGGAUUCGCGCAUGCAGUAGAUGUUAAUAAUAAUAUUGUUUACAUUGGUAGCACCGAAUCUGGUAUUUCCAAAUUUGAUUACCAAACUAAGAAGGCUGUUCCGCUUGACAUUACUAAAGAAGGCAUAUGGCAAAUGUUCUAUAAAGACGGAUUAUAUUUUACUACAUAUCCAAAAGAGAACGCUUACGUGUACAAAGAUGGUGUCGUUAAGAAAAUAGAAGAAUUUGAUGGUACUAGAGCACUGACUUUGGGCGUAGAUAAUCAUCAUAAUAUUUUCUUCUCCAACUCAUCAGGAUUGUUCGUGUAUAAGAAAGACGAUGAAGUUAUUUUACAAGCGGGCGAUCAUAUUGUUAAUGCAUUUACUAGCGAUUCUCAAGGUAACUUAUUCUUUUCCACACCUUUUGGUUUGUACUCUGUGGAUAGUAAACUCAAAAUUAAGGAAAUAUUAGAGGAAAAUAAUAUAUACGGAAUGGCAAUUGAAGGAGAGAACACUAUUAUUUAUGCAACCAAAGACAAUGUGAUAAGGCUGAAACUGAGUUCGGAAUGCUCUUUGAGCAUAAAUGAUAUACAAAAGUGAUAAUGAUUAUAUUUAAUUUUUUUAUAUGUUGUUCGUAUUGAACUGAAGAUUGUACUUCUACAAACAUGUAAUCUCAAUAAAAUGUAUUAUUAACAUUUA